AUGUCCUCCUCUGUUUCUCUUUGUUCUAUCUCUUCUUCACCUCUCUCUUCCUUGCUCUUUACGUCAUUUCCUCUCAAUCCAAAAUGUCUUUUCAGAUCACGCCCUUUUGAUCCAAUUCAACCUUCUUCUCUCUUCCCCUCCCCUUCUUCCUAUGGGCAGCACAAGUAUGCCAUCUCAACCCCUCUCAAUUUUUCAGAUUACUGGGAUGUUUUGAAGGAGAUUCAGAAUUUGCGCAAGAACCCUAAAUAUUGCACAAGGAAUUAA